GCCAUCUUUGGUGUCCACUUUAUUUUAAUAACAUGGGGUAUCCAAGGCCAUUGGAGUCCCGACUCAUACCUCUUCUACAACCUGCUGUUUCUGCUGACUCUGCUGUGGAGUCUCCACUGUAAGGAUAGGGUGGAGCCUCUGCAGAUGGCAAUGCAAAUUGAUGGGGCAUCGAUAAUACUGGAUAUAUUUACUAUCGGGAUGAAUUAUCCCUCCAUUUGUAAGUACUCUUAAGUUUAAUAGUUUGGAGUGGUUUCUUACACCCACUAUCAAGUGUUUUUAUCUUCCAACUAAUAUUUACUAACUGCUUGGCUUCAACUAAACAAACCUUUUGAACUGCAGCUUUGCUUCUAACUUACUGUUAUAACAAACUGAAUCAUCUGUUUGUACUAAACCUUUGGACCUAUUACUCACAGUUGAGUAAACAAUAACCAGAGAUUUUGCUUUCUCAUUAAACAUACAUUUCUGUUUUGUCUGGUUUUUGUUUUCUGUCAUCACUGAAAACUUUUCAACGAAAUAGUCAAAACUGUCAAAGUAAGACUGAAAUUCUUUAUUUCUUUCUUAUAAUAUUAAAAUUAUAUCACAGAGAAUUAUAGUUUAACUUGAGUCUGAACCAUGAAGAUUUUGGUCUGUAUUAAUGGCCAAUAAUGAGAAACUCAGACAUUUGAAUGUUUAUAUCCUUAUUAAGAAAGAAAUUCAGGGAGAGGUACAGAGAGCUGAAAUCAUCUCAGAUAUUUGUAUGUUGAUUUGCUUGAUCAUGAAAAUGAGUGCCGUUGACCGAGCGGUCUAAAACAUCACACUUUGGAUCUGAGUUAGAGGUAGCGCAGGUUCAAAUCCUGUCUGUCACUUUU